AUGGGAGUCAUUAUCGGGGGAUCUGUCAGCGUCACGACCAUAAUUCUCAUUGCAAUUGCAGUUUUUGUGGUGUUGCGAUGGCGGAGACGAAAACAAUGCGCUAUGGAACGGACGGCUAGAUUGAGCUCCGAAAAGAAGCGUAAAAUUGGCAAAUCAUCUCGCAUAUCCUCUAGGCCCGCUCGAUCAUCUAAGUAUCCAAUGAGUGGAAUACACUCACAUAUGCGCAGCGUCUCAACUCACUUUGAGCAACACAAUGUAAUUCCCCAUCCAACUUCCCCUUUUAGCGCAAAGAAAAACCACACUAUUAGGCUCCUUGGAAAGGCGAGUCUACCUAGUCACUCAAGCCAACUCCGGGACGAUGCAUGGCAUUGUAUUUGUUUCAGGCACCCGGAUGUCAGAGCCCCUUUCCCUCCUCAACGAAACGAUUCAACGGCAUCCCAAAUAGAGAGCAACUCUGCAAGCAGCGACAGCGUUAUCGUGCUCCCCGGGAGAACGAGCGAAGCCUCCUCUGGCAUCUUCCAGGCUUCAGCAUCAGAUAUUUCCUACAGGCGAACUAACCGUUCCCCACAAAAGAGCAGACUCGAUACUCGAAGAAGUGAUCCUUUCGACCUUGAAAGGCCUAACUCCAGCCCUGCAGACGAUGCUCCUACUCCUGAACUCCCGGACACUUGGAAUCCGCGGUUGUUGUUGCCCCGUUGCGUUCCUCACGAUUGA